GUCGUCAAGACCACCAGUGGGUAAUACUGAAACUGAAAGUAUUUAUUAGUCUGUGAUCGCAGAAAGAGGAGAUAUAUCCAGCUGCAGACCCGCAGAACCACACACGUUUUAGGCACACACAAUCCAGCACAGAGAUAUAUCCAGCUGCAGACCCGCAGAACCACACACGUUAAAGAGAGGCACAGAGUCAGACGAACUCAGGCUGAAGAGAGAAAGACUGUCGCUGCAAAAUGAAAGCCAUGACUGUAAUAAAUGCAGUGCAGAUCUUCCUUCUGCUGUGGGGUUUCACCACAGUCAGCCAAGCUGAUGCUGCUAACUGCGGCGUAACAUGUAAUGAUGUGACUGGAACUGUGGGAAAUGAAGUGAUUUUAGCCUGCAGCGUCUGUGGACAGUCCACUACAGGCUGUGUUAAACUGUAUAAGUUUCAGAAUAGUGGCUCAGACAUCUACAAAGAAGUGUUUCCCGAGGGCGUCUGUGAAAAGACGAGCAUCUUCAUACGCAGAUACUCUCCAGAUAAAGCAAUGAAGGGAGCAUUCAGCUUCUUUGUGCAAGUUGGUGGUUGCACAGAAACAAAAUAUUUCACAGUGAAUAUAUCAGAAGCUGUAAAUUCUACAAUCUCUAAAUCUGAAGCUCAUCCCUUACACGGGAAACAACUACAGGAUUCUGAAGCUCCUAAACAUGAGGAAAAGCCUGUUUCUGCCAUCUCUGCAGGUGUGGGCUGCAUCAUCAUCUUCGUCAUCAUCAUCAUAUUGACCAUCAUUAUCAUUUACAAAAAGCAUCGUGGAAAGAUUCAGGAAAGGAAGAAGUUUCAGGCCGUCAGACAAAAUGAUGACGAUGACGAUAAAACAGAAAAUGUGUAAUAUCAUCAUGAAAGCGAUGAAUGUUCUUGAGGUGCUCCUGAAAGAUCAGCUUCAUCUGAGAUCCAGUAAACAUGAGUCUCUGACCUCAAACAACUGAAACUGCUGAACUGUCUGCUUAUGAGCUUUAAAGGGCACCUAGGUUACCCCUUUUUUCAGAUUUAAUAUAAGUGUUUUGCGUCUCCAGAAUGUGUCUGUAAAGUUUCAGCUCAAAACACCCAUCACUUUUAUUAUACCUUUUAUUAUAUUCCUAUUUAUACAUUUUUUCACUGGGUGGCGGUUUUGGUGUACUGCUCCUUUAAGGCUAGUCCUCCCCGCCCACCGUUUCUACGUGCCUUUCUGCGUGCCUUAAGCCAGUGUUUCCCAACCCUGUUCCUGAAGGCACGCUAACAGUCCACAUUUUCAACCUCUCCCUAAUCAAACACACCAGAAUCAACUUAUCAGAACAUCAGAAGAGACUCCAACACCUGAAGUUAAUGGGUCAGAAAAGGGAGACAUCCAAAAUAUGUACUGUUGGUGUGCCUCCAGGAACAGAGUUGGGAAACACUGCCUUAAGCUACAGUCACUGGGCUUUGUGUGUGUGAAAUUCUGUCGUGCGGCACCGUGAAAAGGGGCGGGAUUAAACAAGAUGAUUAGACAUUUAAAAAAGCCAGCCAUUGCUCCAUGUUUUAAAUUUCAGUCCAGAGAGGUCAUGUUUUGAUCCUCGAUUGGUCUCACGCAGUCAAGUGAUGCGAUUUCGCAGGUCAGAGUUCACCAAGCUUGAACUUUGCACCGCAGCGAACUGCGAAAUUUAACGCAUGACCCUGCAUUUCAGGUCUGACGCAUUCGCGUGCAUAUGAAUGGAAGUCUAUGGGAGGAAAAGCCCAGUGUGACCGCAGCUUUAAUCUCCUCUCUCGGCUGCGUCAGACAACAGACAGACAUAAAGGAAGCAGAUCUCGCGUAGCGUUUGUGAGAAAUACUACAGUAAGAACUUUACCAAUGAGUAUUUGUUGUGCAGCUGCAUCGAUGAGUCACGCACGCACACACACAGAGACACAGAGAGACAGACAGAGCGCCCGUUUAGCUUCGCACUCUGUUUGCACGCAUAUGUGACAUGAUACAGGUUAAUCCUCACUGCUGUAUGAAUAUCUGUUAUGUUAAUGUACAAAAUAAACCUGAAUUAACGUCCACAAA